AUGGUCGAGAGGGCAGCCAUCACAGAAUUCGAUACUGUUCUCGUCAUAGGGGCCAACGGUGCUGUUGGAUCAUCUGCAGUUCAGCUCAUACAGAACAUUGGCGCGCGGAUCAUCAAGGCCACUCGCGAUGCUGACGGCCAUGUGAACACCGACGAAGACCCAGAACUGAACACCUUGGACGUCCUGACAGAGGGCAAGGGAGUCGACGUCAUUCUCGACACCGUGGGAUCUCCCACCCUAACGGUAAACGGCCUGAAGAAACUCGCUAAAAAUGGCCGCCUUGCUUUCAUUUCCGCUCCCAAGGUCGGCGCCCGAGACAUCAGCUUCGACAUGCGUGACUUUUAUCGCGCUGAUUUGAGUCUUUUGGGAUGCAACUCGCUGAACCCCUCGGCGAAGGACAUGGCACGGAGAAUGAGUGCCAUGACAAAGCUUUUCGAUUCUGGGAAGUUGAAAUCCGGAAGCAAAUGGACACCAGUGCCUAUCGAUCAAGCCGUGGAGGCGUAUGGCAAGUUGAUGAAGAGGACAACGGAUGAAAAGUAUGUCGUUAUCAUGGAGUAA